AUUUUGUGUGCUCAUUGCUGUGGCGGACGCUUUGGUGAAAGCAUUUAUUAUAUUAUUCGUGUAUUAGCCGGGAGCUGGUAACGCCCGACGGUUUAGCGGACAAAGGUGGCAUCCGCUUGGGUGACAUCAUACUGGAAAUAAACGAGGAGGACGCCACGGAGUUGACACUUAUGCAGGCACACGAGAAAAUUGAAACUUCCGGCAAGAAAAUCCAUUUCCUAGUGAAGAACAUGGAGGAGGAUCAGGAUUUCGAAUUGGGCGAGGAAAAGUCGAUUGUGCUGCGUGUGCCGAAGCCGGCGCCACCGCCGAGAGUAAAAUCGGCUGCUUCAAUUGAAGCUCGUCUGCGCGAAAUGCAGCGAAAAUUGUCGGAAAUUGCGGAAAUACCGAAAAUACUCUCCUCCACACUCGCCACCGUUUCGCAAACGUUUGAAAUAUUAAAGCCCAAUGAUUUGCAGCAACAACAACUGCUACAGCAGUGCCAACAGCAACGCAAGUAUUCUUACGAUGAGGAUGCACUGGAUUACGAGUUAAGUGGCGCCAGCACUGUGGAACGUCUCAAGUUGAAGGCGAAGGGAAAAGCAAAGGCCAACGCUGCCGCUAUAACCGCUUUCACACUGAACGAGGUAAGGCUGGAGCACUUGCCAAAGGACGCAACGCCGGAAUCGGAUUAUGCAUCGGAAGGCAAUUACGAGUCAAAUGAGGCAGACACGGAUGAUGAUUAUGGGGAUGGCGAAGAUGGCGACGAAGAUGGUGGCGGAGCCGAUAUUAGCGAAGCAAGUGAUGAGGAGUCGGACGGGAAAAGUACUUACACUUUCGCUCUAACCGGAAUUGAUGUUAGUGACGUUGAUGCCGCUGAAACUGCUCAAUAUUCAUAUGUAACGCGAAUGAGGCCGGCAAAGCUAAAGCAGCAGAAAAUGCAGCGAAAGCAACAACAAAAUGCGCAAUACCAGCGCGGCAAUGUCAAUGUCAGUGCCGUUAUAGGUGUAGGAGUAGGCGGCGCUGCUGAUAUGUCACGGAUGCGGUAUGAAUCUAAAGAUUAUGACGAAGAUGAUGAUGACGACGACGAAGGCGAAGGCGAGGAGGAUACGGACGACGAUGUUGUAACAGCCAGACUUGUUGCCGGUGACUGCGGUGACAGUGAUGACGAAACUGCUGAGGAUGAUUAUGAUGACAAUGACAACGAUGGCGCCAACAAUCGCAACCGUAACGAUGAUGACGAGGAUGAUUUCUUAACCACUACAUACACCUGGAAUUUGCGCAAAAUACCCAAGCUACAGUUGAAUGAUGAAGAAAAACAAUCUUCCGAUGAAAGCAAUUCAGUCAAGGAUCAGAUUGAUAUGGAUGACACUGAUGAGGAGAAACCAAAUAAGAAAGCGCGUUGGUGCCAUGCCGACUACGAUGACUUGCAACAAGAAAAACAUCGCAAGCAAUGGGCUGCGGAUGAGGUCGGAAAGGAGAAGAAAUUCUCGGAGAAAUUGGAGCGUUCCUGGCCCUGGGCUGAUCGAGAGAAAAUCAUUUACAAGCAAUCAACUUGUCACCUGGUUCGUCGACGACCAUUGGGUUUGGUGGAGCAGCGCAUCAAAUUAUUGGCUAAACAGAAUCUCAGUGGCAGCUUGGAAAAACAGCUGCAUUGAAAAUAAAUUACUUAUUGCCAUGCCGCACGCGUGACAGGAAGUUUAUUGGCAUUGUGGGUGCGAGACCAGCUGCCAAAUGUAUUGGAAAUUAGUUUUGUCGACAGAUUGAUUUGUCCUCUUCUCCUGCCAUUUGAACUGCCAUUUAUAUUGAAUUUUCAAU